AUGGAAACUCUGCUCCCAUGCGUUGGCCUCGCUCUCUGCACUCCGCAUCCAACCAUUAACCAUUUUACAAAACCUAACAAGCAGCGAUUCUCCUCUUCCGUCGCCGGCCGCGGUGGAGGUUCCCUAUCCGCUACCUGCGCCACCAGCAGAUGGGCGGAGCGCCUCAUUGCCGAUUUCCAAUUCCUCGGCGACGCCUCAUCAAGCGCCACCGCCACUCUGAGCCCCUCCUCUGUCCCUCCGCGACUGGAACCUCCCGAGCGUUACUUGUCCAUCCCGCUCGACCUGUACCGCGUCCUCGGGGCGGAAUCGCAUUUCCUGGGCGACGGCAUUCGCAGAGCCUACGAAGCGAAGUUCUCGAAGCCUCCUCAGUACUCGUUCAGCAACGACGCGCUAAUUAGCCGCCGCCAAAUCCUCCAAGCCGCGUGUGAAACCCUAGCGGAUCCUGCUUCCAGAAGAGAGUACAAUCAAGGCCUUGUCGACGACGAAGACGCCGCCAUUCUCACUCAAAUCCCUUUCGACAAAGUUCCUGGAGCGUUGUGCGUGUUGCAGGAAGCUGGAGAGGCGGAGCUUGUACUUGAGAUUGGGCAGGGUUUGCUUAGGGAGAGGUUGCCGAAGACGUUUAAGCAGGAUGUUGUGUUGGCUAUGGCGCUCGCUUUUGUUGAAUUCUCGAGGGAAGCCAUGGCUUUGUCCCAACCAGAUUUCAUUGCAGCUUGUGAGAUGCUUGAGAGGGCAUUGAAGCUUUUGCAGGAAGAAGGAGCAACCAACCUAGCUCCAGAUUUACAGGCUCAAAUAGACGAGACGCUAGAAGAGAUAACCCCACACUGUGUUUUGGAACUUCUAGCCUUGCCACUUGAUGACGAACAUCGAACAAGGAGGGAGGAAGGUCUUCUUGGUGUCCGUAAUAUUCUGUGGGCAGUGGGAGGAGGGGGUGCCGCAGCAAUUGCCGGGGGUUUCACCCGUGAAGACUUCAUGAAUGAGGCAUUCUUACACAUGACAGCAGCUGAACAGGUUGAACUUUUUGUUGCCACACCAAGUAAUAUUCCAGCUGAAAGUUUUGAAGCUUACGGAGUGGCACUUGCUCUUGUUGCACAAGCCUUUGUGGAUAAAAAGCCGCAUCUUAUCCAAGAUGCUGAUAAUUUGUUCCAACAACUUCAACAGACUAAGGUUACAACUUUGAGGAAUGCUCCCUCUGUUUAUACUCCCACGGAAAAGAGAGAGAUUGAUUUUGCUCUAGAAAGGGGCCUCUGUGCACUGCUCGUUGGGGAGCUUGAUGAAUGCCGUUCAUGGUUGGGACUAGAUACCGAUAACUCUCCUUACAGGAACCCAUCUAUUAUAGAAUUUAUUAUGGAAAAUGAAAAGGGGGAUGAAGACAGUGAUCUUCCUGGACUCUGUAAAUUGUUGGAGACAUGGCUGAUGGAGGUGGUUUUUCCUAGGUUUAGAGAUACAAAAGAAACAAGAUUCAAGCUUGGAGAUUACUAUGAUGACCAUACAGUGCUGAGAUAUCUAGAAAGGCUGGAGGGUGUUGGCCAUUCACCCUUAGCUGCUGCUGCAGCCAUAGUAAAAAUCGGAGCUGAGGCUACUGCUGUCAUUACCCAAGUUCAGGCUAGUGUAAUAAAUGCAUUGAAAAAGGUAUUUCCUGUUGGUUCUGCUGAUCAAAUUGUGAAACAUCAAGAAAAUGGUGAGAAAGAUGAUUUUAGCUUUUCUGCAAGUGAGAAUCCUCUGAUAUUAUCAGAAGGCGAUUCUUCAGUCAAUGUUGAGGUUUCUGGAACAAAAAAUAUUGCUGAGGCAGGUGAAGGGGAAUUUAUUACCGAUGAAAUUAAAAAUGCAAGUGUGCAGAUCAUGUGUGCUGGUGUUGUAAUUGGACUUGUAACUUUGGUUGGUUUGAAGUACUUACCUGCUAGGAACGGCUUGCCUGUGCUUCGGAAAAUGACUGGUCCAGUAACAGCAUCAGAUACUAUCAAUAUAGAUUCAUUGGGAGAUGAAGAAAAAGGAGUGCAAAUACCAAAAAUGGAUGCAAGGGUUGCAGAAGCUCUAGUUCGCCAGUGGCAAAGUAUAAAAUCCCAAGCUUUUGGACCUGACCAUUGCCUAGGAAGAUUGAAAGAGGCUGGUCUCAAUGAUUUUUGGAUCACCGGUUUCUAUAGAUCUAGAGUUAAUGUGGGUAAUGUAGAGCACCUUAUACAAACCCAAAAAACUAUUUAUUUCUCCCUUCUCACCCUUUGCAAUCCAUCCCUCACACUGAUCUAG